GGAGAGCAGUGCCUGUGCUAUUGGGAAUCAUGGCGAGAAGAUUGCGACUUCGCUGCCACAGGAGUAAUAGCACACUUUGUGGACUACAAUCAAUUGUCUCUAUUCUUUUUUACUGGAUUGCAGUGGUGGGCAGCAGUGAGGUGCUGGUGCCCGCGCAGGUGGACGCGGUGCUGGGCAAGAACAUCACGCUGGGCUGCCGGGUGGAGGUGGGCGCCAACCUGAGCCUGACGCAGAGCUCGUGGGAGCGUCGGCUGCCCGCGGGCACCGUCACGCUGGCCGUCUUCAACCCCGAGUUCGGCAUCUCCGUCUCCGACGACUACAAGCACCGCGUGUCCUUCGUCAACCCCUCCAUCGGCGACGCCUCCAUCUUGCUGCAGGGCGUGGGUUUCGCCGACGUGGGCUCCUACACCUGCAAGGUGGCCACCUUCCCCCUCGGCAACACGCAGGCCUCCACCGUCGUCAACAUCCAGGUGGAGCCCAAGGUGCACGUGCUCCCGGGCCCGUCCGUGCUGCUGGACGGCGCCAACGAGACGGUGGUGGCCACGUGCACGGCCGAGCGCGGCCGCCCGCCCGCCGAGGUGUUCUGGGAGACGCAGCUGGACCUGCAGGGCCACUCGGAGGGCCAGCGGGAGGACGAGUCCAACGGCACCACCACCAGCCAGGUGCGCUACCUGUGGACGCCCACGCGCCACGCCCAGGGCGAGAUCAUCACCUGCGUGGUGCGCCACCCAGCCCUGCCCGGCGAGGUCCGCCGGCCCUACGAGCUCAACGUCCAGUUUGCCCCUGAUGUGAAGGUGGUGGGCUACGACUCCAACUGGUUCUCAGGGCAGGAGGACAAGCUGCUGGACUGCCAGGUCAAGGCCAACCCAUCCCCCUACAGCUUCUCCUGGUCCAGGGUGAAGGGUGCGUUGCCUGACGGCGUGCUCCAGGUCAACAGCAGCCUGAUGUUCUCGCGGCCGCUGCAGCGUAACGACUCGGGGCUCUACCGCUGUGAAGUGCGCAACGCCAUCGGCAUGCGCUACCAGGACAAGCACAUCUGGGUGCAGGACCCUCCCCCCACCACCGCCGUCCCCACCACCGCUCCCGCCAUCCUCCCCGGCCAGGACACCACGAGCACGGCGGGCGGGAAGAGCCAGCCCCACAGCAGCACCUCCACCGAGAGCUCCGCAGCGGGGGGCGGCGACGGCUCCUCCUCGGGCUCCAGCGGCGGCGGUGGCGGCGGCGGCAGCGACGGGCACCUGGGCAGCAUCGUGGGCGGGGCGGUGGGCGGCGUGCUCAUCCUGGCGCUGCUGCUGGGCCUGGCGGGCGCCUGCUUCAUGCGCCAGCGCCGCACCUUCCGCGGCGACUACUACACCAAGCAGUACCUGGGGCCCUCCGACAUGCAGAAGGACAACCAGCUGGACGUGCUGCAGCCGCACGAGCUGCAGGUGUACAGCAGCGGCGGCGGCGACGGCAGCAACGACUCGGGCAAAGGCAGCCAGGACCUGAAGCCCAAACCGGUGCCCGGCGACCUCAUCUUCGACUACGACCGCAAGGACCGCGAGGAGUGGGGCGGCGACCACCACCAGCCCCCGCGCGGCAUCGGGCGCGACGGCGGUUACUAUAACGACCAUCACCAAAACAACCACCAUCCUUACCCCCAGCAGCCGCAGCAGCAGCAGCACAGCACCAACACUCCCCCGGCGCACACCGGCCACAACGGCUCCCCCUACCAGCCGGAUGACUGCUACGACAACGGCACCGACAGCGACUACGUGUCGCACAUGGACGGCUCGGUGAUCUCGCGCAGGGAGUGGUACGUGUAAACCGCCCCGACUCUCUCGUCUUGAUCAACCGCCACCCCCCCACCCCAUAUCGCCCAACCCCAGGCCUACACACAAACAAGCAUCCCACUCAACUUGGACAGGGUCAGCCACCUGGACUCAGCUCCAAGGUGAGAAACCUGCUGCCGAGAUGUUGACCACGAAACGAAGAACUGCGUCUAUACAUUUCAAUAGAUUGAGAUCUAUUGAUCUAUCUUUACAUUUCAUAAAAUAAAGAGGAGGAAAAAUAAAGACUUUUACACGCAUUUAAAAAGACUGUAGCAUCUCGAGUGAGUCUGAUGCUAUGUGAACGAACUCUGUGAACUUGUAACAAAGAUGCUUUGCUGUCAUUGCGGUAGUCGUGCCUGCAGCCAGCCUGAUUUGUAUUCAGAUCAGUACUUCACAG